CAUUUAAGAGAGUCAGUUUAGUUUGAGGCUUAGCACUGUGAACAACAUGUUAUAAACGCAAGUUGAAUUUUUUUUAAAGAGAAGAAAGUUUGUGUUUGUGGAAUUCAUAUGUACUGAACGGAAGGUACAGUGAGAAUAUAAAUUUUGACGAAGAAAUUUUGUUGUGAGAAGAAAAAAUAAUUUUUGACAAGAAAAGGAAAAGACAUUCGAAGUGAGAAAAAAAAGGAAAAGAAAUCCGAAUAAACGGAACAUUUUGUGCAUUUUAAGUGUUGUAACCGUACAAUGGUUAACGUUGAAUAUCCAAUGAACAGCCCAACAUUUUUUACCAUGGCUCGAACACCAUUAAAAUCGAAUUUUUCAAUUAACUCCAUUCUGCCCGAAACAUUGCAAACAUCACCGGCCCCAUCACCAUCGCUAUCCCAUUCGCCAGCCGAAUCUGAAAUAUCGGAUAUCGAAUCAGAUUUGGAUGUUACUGGAACGCCACCACCAAUGGAUUGUAGUAGCCGUAAAACGGAUGAAAAUUCGGAGGAAGGAUCGGUCAAAGGCGAUAAAAAGAACGAAAAGCCGUCGUUCAGUUACAAUGCCUUAAUUAUGAUGGCCAUCAGAGAUAGUCCGGAAAAGAGAUUAACACUCAACGGUAUCUACGAAUACAUCAUGAAACAUCAUCCGUACUAUCGGGACAACAAACAGGGCUGGCAGAAUUCGAUUCGCCACAAUUUGUCGUUGAACAAGUGUUUCGUGAAAGUUCCCCGACACUACGACGAUCCGGGCAAAGGAAAUUACUGGAUGCUAGACGCAUCAUCCGAAGACGUUUUCAUUGGUGGCUCAACUGGUAAAUUACGUCGACGAUCAACCGCUGCAUCUCGAUCACGAUUGGCUGCGUUCAAACGAUCUCUAGCCGGUCCCAUGUUCCCCGGACUAGCCUAUUCACAAUUCGGAAAUUUCGUGUAUCCAUCACAUGCGGCCGCACCAGCACUACUAGCAUCGAUGUACAGCCGUUACGGACCGUACGCCCCAAAUCUGGCACCAAAGCCCAGUCUACCGCUGUCGCUGCCAUUCCCGAAUAUGACCGGUUUCGGUAUGGAUCGUUUGUUGGGUGUUUCGCAAAUGUCCCAAGGUGCACCGCCGGUCCCAUCAUCAGCCGAAAUUUACCAAAGACUCCAAUAUCAACAUUUACUGCAGCAACAAGCGGCUAUGACACUUAGUACGAAUGAAAUGCAUCAGCCGACGUCGCAACCACAACAGCCAAUAUUAAAACCGGUAACCGUUGUAUCACGGCAUAGUUAGUGUUGAUUUUGUUGUUUUAAAAAAAAGGGUAAUUAGUGCGGUCUUAUUCCAUGGUCGUUCCGGACGCAAUCGGUUUAGAAAUUAUUGAUUGAGAUUUCGGUAUGAGCGGAUGAAAUGUGUCGAAAAAUUGUUCCUCAACAUUUUCAAACGAAAUUUGUUUUGAUAUCUUGAUGUGAAUAAAAUUUGAUGAGUUUUGUCUUUUCAACGAGUAAAAAUCAGGUCGAAUUUUCAAUUAAUUAAAAAAAAAUAUUUUUGGCUCACAAGGCAAUUUUUAAUAAUUUUUGUUGUAACUGUCUUGUCGCCUUAGAGUUAAAUUUUCUCAACCGAAGUCCGGCGAUAUUUUAUUUCAAUAAAAAUCAAAAAUUUCGUAAAUUUUUUCGCAUUAUACUGCGUGACCUAUAGCGUCCGAUAAAUCAUGGAAUUAAACCCGGGCAGAGUAUUUGUGAUAUAAAAUUUAAAAGAAAAACUUUAAAAAAUUAUAAUUAAAAUUAGAAAUAAAUUUUGAAAUUUUAAUUUAUUAAAUUCGGUGCAUUUUCAUUAGUCAACCAAUUUAUUGCGAUAAAUAAUAAAAUUGUAUGUAGUCGAUGGAAGCAGAGCCUGUUUUUUGAAAGUUUUUUUUUUAUAGAAAAAUUUACCAACAAAAAUGUUGGUUCAUUUUUUUAAAACAAAAAUUAUCAAAAAUAGACCCUGAAUGAGAGAAGGAGACGAUAUAAACGGCAAACUAUAACCAGUGAUGAUUAAGAUAAAAAAUGCCAGAGAAACUUUGUUUUGUUGAUUAAAAUUCAGUUCUUGGUAAAUCUAGACAUUAACCGUAAAGAAUCAGGUGACACUGUGAAGAGAUAUUUGGAAUCAAAUAUUGAUUAGAACAAUGCAUUUUAUCAUAAAUAUAAUAUUAAUAAAACUAGAAGUCACUUAUGUUACCUGCGCUUUCUCGCUUUCACCGUAUAAUUAUACUGAUAGAAGAAAAAAA